AGGAAGCGUUUCGUGUAGGUCUCACUCCUGAGGUGGUGGCGCCCGCAGCGACCGGCCGCCAGAAGGGAGCGGGAGCCGGGAGGACGCUGCCGCGGAGGCUCGGAGAGACGCGAGGUCCGAGGGCCAGAGGCAGAGGGGCGGGCGCUUGCCGGCUCCGGGAGGGACCAGGGCCCCUGGACUCGCCUGGGCCGUGUGGAAGAAGAGCCGCCGUCAGAGGGUGCGGGAUAUCAGAAAUGGCUACGCCCCAGUCAGUUUUCGUCUUUGCCAUAUGCAUUUUGAUGAUAACAGAACUAAUUCUGGCCUCCAAAAGCUACUAUGACAUCUUGGGGGUGCCAAAAUCGGCAUCGGAGCGCCAAAUCAAGAAGGCCUUUCACAAAUUGGCCAUGAAGUAUCACCCGGACAAAAAUAAGAGCCCCGAUGCGGAAGCAAAAUUCAGAGAGAUUGCAGAAGCCUAUGAGACGCUCUCAGACGCUGAGAGGCGAGCAGAGUAUGAUGCACUUGGGCACAGUGCUUUUACUAACAGCAAAGGACAGAGGGGAAAUGCAAGUCCUUUUGAGCAGUCAUUUAAUUUCAAUUUUGAUGACUUAUUUAAAGACUUUAGCUUCUUUGGUCAAAGCCAAAAUACUCACUCCAAGAAGCAUUUUGAGAAGCAUUUCCAGGCCCAUCAGGACGGCUCCAGUAGACAGAGGCAUCAUUUCCAGGACUUUUCUUUUGGAGGUGGACUGUUCGAUGACAUGUUUGAAGACAUGGAGAAGAUGUUUUCUUUCAGUGGCUUUGAUGCCCCCAAUCGGCACACAGUACAGACUGAGAAUCGGCUCCAUGGAUCCAGCAAGCACUGCAGGACUGUCACGCAGCGAAGAGGAAACAUGGUCACUACAUACACCGACUGUUCCGGGCAGUAGUUUGUUCUUUGGGUUUUGUCAAAUUCAGCUAGUUGACUCUUCCUCUGUAUCUUUGAGGCUAAACAAUUUUCUGUGAACUGUGUUUGACAGGUGCAUGAUUUCACUUAAUUUAAGCAAUUUGAUAUGGCAGUUAAAUACAUUUAGAUUAUUAUUGACAAACAUUGAGCAGUAGAAAAAAAGUAUAAUUAUUUUAUUGAUUGGGAAAGUUUCU